AUGUCGAAGGUGCUCGCCGACACAGACUACGUGGAUGGUGCAUUGUCUAGGUUGCGGGAGGAGCUUGCUCGGGAGAUCCAGAGGUUGGACGCACGGUUGAACUCGAUGGUACUUUCGAGCAGCGGCGUCGUCGACGUCGAAGUCGUCGAGCUGCAGUCAGUGGACCUCCCGGACCCCACCGAAAACAGCGCACACACCGUCAAGAAGGAUCCGAAUGCAGAGGAUGCCAUUGACAUCACAGCCUCGACCAGCGCCACAAUGCAGUUCUUCGGGCGGGAGGCUGUGAAGGUGGACGCUGUGCCGGUGGCCGCGCAACAGGUCAAAAUGGUCUGCUUCGAUCGGAAGAGCGCCUGGAGUGUACCACUGGUCUUGACGUGGCAGUCGCACAUCUCCGACAGCAUCUUCUCGAUCUUCCUUCUGCUUAUGAAUGCCACGAUGCAGAUCCUCUUCACCAGCAUCCUCUUGUCGUCUUCCUUCUUAGGCAACGACUUCGGGGAGCAUGUCGAAGGGGCUCGGAUCUGGCGGCGGAGCUCUGCGCACGAUGCGAAGAACGUCGACCUAGCGCAGAGGAGUUUGGCCUCUCGGGUCUGCCAUGAGGACGACUCCCUGAUUUUCUCCACGGGCCAGGCCACCCUGGUGGGCGAGAUUAACAGCUUCCUUGGCCUGAGCACGCUGCAGUUCGAGAGCUCUACCUUCGAGCCUGGGGUUUUGCUGGCGGUGCUCUGCAUCUUGCUCUGGAACUUGUGCAUCUACCGCGAGUUCCGCAGCAUCUGGUUGGUUCUGCAGGGCGUCUUCCUAAGCUUGGGCUCUUCGGAACGGCCAGCUCUUUCUGGCCGUGCCGCAGCCAUGGGCUUCGUGUGCUUGGGCCGUGCUGCCAUCGGUAGUUCGCUGCUGGUGGCAGGCAGCCUCUGGCUGGCCGGCACGACGUCCAUCACGGAACUCAUGUUGAACUCCGUGGCACUCGAGGCCGUGUUGCACGUGGACGAGUUCAUCUUCUCCGGGCUGCUGCCGACCCGGCUGCAGCAGCAGAUCCAGGAGCUUCCUCCCGUGCAGGUGAAGCGCGCACGCCGCUGCCACCGCGCCGAGAACCUGGUGCUCGCAUCCUUCCUGGGUGCAUCCUUGCUGCUGCCCUAUGCGCUCCUCCUGCGGCCCCUGUCUCAGCAGAUGCUGCUUGCCAAGCGGGAGCUCUGCUUCGGCGACUUGGACUUCGUCACCUCCAUCAACGACGGCGUUUCCCUGGGGUUCGUUACUCGAAGAAUGGAGGAUGAGGCCAACCGAACCAUCAGCGAGGUUGCAGCCAUGGACUUGGCGUUCCGGAACGCGUCGGAUCCUGCCAGGACGCGCCUCGUGUGGUUAAACGAGGAUCUGACGACGUUCUCCGAGCAGACAAUGGGCCUUCUGGAAGACUGGGCAAGGGAGUCAUCCAAUUGUUAUUCGGCAGAUGAUUACGACCGCUACCAGGAACAGCAAACCAUACUUUUGCCGUCUUUGCUGCAGAUGGCAGCAUUCCAGUUGGGACGGCAGAACGUGACGACCUGUCAGGACAUGCAGGAGUUCUGUGACAGUGUGGAAACCGCCGGGACUCUGCUACGUGUAGCGUGCCCUAGAGUAUGUGGCUGCACGGAUCCACUGGGAUCGCCCCUGCUGCGCGUGAAGCGGUGGGGCUGCUUCCACGUCUGCACCCAGGAGGCCUACGGCUUCAGCCUCAAUCCCGGCCACCCCCAGUAUUACAUGCCGCCGACCUCUCCGGUUGCCUGCCGGGACGCAGCACCGGGGCCCGGUUGGGUGGAGUUCUGGGAUCGGUACUUGGAGGUGGCUUCCUACUACGGGCGCUACGACUACACUGGCCAAAGCGGCCGCAAUCCGGGUCUGCAACUUUUCACCGACUGGGUCGCUUUGGCGAAAGUGGUAGGCUGCCGGGCUCUGCGGGCUAAUCCGGUCGAUGUGUUCAACAUCGAGUGGUGCAGGGGAAAUCCAGCUCUUUUUCGGCCUCUGGCCUGGUUUUGUCCAGAGACCUGUGGCUGCUCCUCUUCAGGCAAUCUCGAGCGAGAUCGCUUCUGUUUUGGCUACGACCACUGCCCCGUGCAUGUGGAGCCAAACGACACAGUAGCGUUUUGGGGGAUGGCUGCCAAGUACGACUUGACCAAAGCCUUGGUCGUACAUUGA